AUGCUUGAGCUUCAACCUACACAGAGCACUGUUGAUAUUGAAGAGUUGGUUGAUGACUUUGUUACAUACUACAUUGCCGGACAAGAAACUACAAGCAACUUGUUGUCAUUUGCAGUAGCCAUGGUACACACUCAUCCAACUGUCCUUGAAAGAUUGCAGGCUGAGGUGAAGGAGGUCCUGGGUGAGGAGACCAAUAUCACCAAAGAACUUCUACAGAAACUAGAGUAUACUGAGCAGGUUCUCUUGGAAACGUUGAGAAUGCAUCCACCUGUGCCUGGGAUUGGCAAGGAGGUUGCCCCUGAGGGCCUGGAUGUCGGUGGUUACCACGUCCCAGGAGGAACAUCUCUCAUGCUGCCUUUAUCUGUGCUCUGUCGAAUGCCCGAGUAUUUUGAUGAGCCAGACACUUUCAAUCCUGAUCGUUUCAGCCCUGAAAACACUCAGUAA